GCCCAGAGACUCCAGGUCCCUCUGUCACUCUAUCGGUAUUUGAAAGUUCAAAAACGUAACUUACUAGACCCACUCACUCUAUCUCUCUCUCUCUCUCUCACUCACUCACUCUCCUCACCCACCCCGCUCUUCAUCCACGGUUUCUAACGGACCCCUCAUUAAUACUCGCCGUCCUCUCUCUCUCUAGUUUCCCUCGCGACUAUGCAAACCUAAUUUGACUCUCUAUCUAUCUCUCUCUAUCUCUCUCUCUCUCGCUCUAUAAGAUCUGGAUUUUGGCUUUUAUAGCUGUUUUUUGAAUGAAUAUGAGCUAGAACUAAUGAAAAGCUCUUUCUUAGGGUUUUGAAUUCUUUCUACUUUUUCUCAGUUCCUUUUUGUCUCCUUUGCUUUCUCGCGAGCUUCUUUCCGUGAUUUCGGAUCUAGAUUACUGUGUGCUUGGUUUUUUAUCCUUAGUCUGAUAGGAAAUGUGCUUUCGAUGAGUGUGGAGAAUGGAGAAAUUUCGGCAAAAGAGGUCUAAGAUUACUAGCAUUGCUGAUCGGAGCUCCUCCGAUAGGUUUUACUCCGCGGAACGAGCUCACCGGGAAGGAAGCAGGCAAGUUCUGAUGCAGAGAAACUUUCCAAAAUUGGCUUCCGAUUCUAGCUCUUGCAGUAGUGGUUUUACUGACGAAGAUUCGUUUACGUUUGAAUUGGGGUUGAAAUCUUCAAAACAAGCUGUUGUAACUCCUAUGAAAAAGUUAUUGGCAGAAGAGAUGUCGAGAGAAACCGAAUCCAAAAGAAGGUCUCCAAGUGUUAUUGCGAAAUUGAUGGGUCUAGAUGGGUUGCCACCUCAGCAGCUUGAUCAUAAACAACAAAAAAUGUCCUCAGAUAUCUCUAUAAAAAGAGCAACAUCAGUAGAGAAAGCUCCAAAGAGUGGAACAUUUUAUGACUGUCAAUCGUCUAGGAGUAACUCAAAGGAGCAGCAAGAAUUUAAGGAUGUAUUUGAGGUUUCGGAAACAUCAAAUAUGACGAGUAGUGGUUGCUUAUCGCAAGGGAUGACAAACUCGAAUUUUGCUGAUGCUGAGAUGGCAUUUAUUCAGCAGAAGUUCAUGGAUGCUAAACGCCUCUCAACUGAUCAGAAGUUACAGUAUUCAAAGGAGUUCGAUGAUGCACUUGAGGUGCUAGACUCCAACACGGAUCUUCUGGUGAAAUUUCUUCAUCAACCGGAUUCGUUGUUUUCAAAGCAUUUGCAUGAUAUGCAGGGCGGUCCUCCCCAAACCCAUUGUGGUCGCAUAUCAGCUAUGAAGUCAGAUGCUCAGCAUUAUGAAAGCAGUGACCUUGGGAAAUCAGAUAGACAGACUCCAUGGAAGAAUUACAGUAGAUCUCAGAAGCAUCGUGAUGGUCAAUUCAGCCACUCUAACAGCAGGCAUGCUACUUGUUCUUCUCCCAAUUCAUCAAAAAUUCGAUUUGAAGGCAAUGAUGAGUUGGCCACUCUACCUACCAGGAUAGUUGUUCUAAAACCAAACCUUGGGAAGGCCCAGAAUUGUGCAAAAUCUGCUUCAUCACCUAGGUCUUCACAUGCUUAUCUGUCAGAUUGUAGGGUGCACUUGGAAUUUCCGAAUAUUAAAAAUAGGGAGGGAGACACACAUGGAACGAAGAAAUUUUCUGAUAAUGUUGGGCUUUCAAGGCAUAACUCCAGAGAAUCUAGAGAAAUUGCUAGAGAAAUAACUAGGCAAAUGAGAAAUAGCUUUUGCAGUGGUUCUAUGAAUUUUUCAUCUACUGGGCUUAGAGGAUAUGCUGGGGAUGAGAGUUCAUGUGACAUGUCUGGAAAUGAAUCAGAGGUGAUUAUGGUGACCUCCAGAAAUUCUUUUGACUUGAGUAACCAAUACAAGCCUUCAUCUUCCCGUUCGACUGAAUCCUCCGUCAGUAGAGAGGCCAAGAAGAGACUCUCAGAGAGGUGGAAAAUGACUCACAGGUCUCAAGAGUUGGGAGAGCUUGGUAGGGGCAGCACACUGGCUGAAAUGCUUUCUAUCCCCGAAAAGGAAUUGAUACCAGCAAAUUUGGAUGGCAUGAUUGGUGAGGAUGGAAACAGUGGAAAAUUUUCUAGUGAUGAUGGGUCUACUAGGUGGGUUGAACCCUUGGGAAUUAGCAGCAGGGAUGGAUGGAAGAAUGGGUGUGUCAGAAAGUUAUCAAGAUCAAGGUCUCUUCCUGCUUCUUCUACUGCCUUUGGAAGUCCUAAGAGAAGCAUGCGCCGUGAAACUCUUUGUGAUGACAGGUAUCUAAUGCCAAAAGAGGCUUUGAAGAAAGAAAGGAGCAGGAGAAUAAAGGGUAAUUCUGAUUGGAGAGAUAUGUCAGUUCCUAGAAACUCAAAAUCCAGUACUAAGAAAUCUCAUUCUUCUAGCUGCAUGGUUAGGGACAGCAAUGCGUUUCCAGCAGAGAUUCAUACAAAUCAGAAUCAAAUGAAGAGCACCCUUGAAAAGAAGGAUCCAUAUGAAGGAGAUGCGUUGAUCUUUGAGACAUUAGUUAGUAAUGUCAAUGAUAUGAGUCCAGUUCCUGAAAAUGUGGUCAAUGUGGGAUGUGACAAUAUGACCAUGGCUUCUAAAUCUCCUGAGGGGUUGCUAUCAAACGUAUCAGCUGGUGUUGUUAAAGAUAUAUCUACUGGUGGCCAAGAUAUCUUAAUUCCACAGGAACCACCCAUUGGGCCAUCUGAGGAAGGUUCAGUCCCCUUGCUCCACCCUUCCCCUGGACUAGAAUCUCCAGUAAGCUCUAAGGAAGCUGAUCAGCCCAGUCCAGUUUCAGUCUUGGAAGCUCCUUUUACAGAUGAUCUUUCAUCAUGUUCUGAAUGCUUUGAGAGUCUCAAUGCUGAUCUCCAUGGGCUUCGGAUGCAACUUCAUCUACUCAAGUUGGAGUCAGAAGCAUAUGCAGAGGGACCCAUGCAUGUCUCAAGUGAUGAAGAAGUUGGGGAAGGAUCCAUUGGGCAUCUGAAUGAUAAGGGACUUGGUGAAACUGAAGAGAGCUGGGAGCGUUCCUACAUUGCUGAUGUCUUAAUUGCCUCUGGUUUUAACGAUGCUGAACCUGAUGUUGUCAUGGCAACAUGGCACUCUCCAGAAUGCCCUGUGGAUCCCGUCAUUUUUGAAAAAAUUGAGAAGUACAAUAGUCAAGCUUCUCGACCAAGGUCUGAACGAAGGUUACUGUUUGACCGAAUAAAUUCAGCACUACUGGAGAUCUUCCAGCAAUUCAUGGAUCCACACCCGUGGGUGAGGCCCGCAACAACAGUCGGUUCUAAGGAUAGGCUCCAAGAUCGCCUCAAUGUGAUGUUGGGAUGCCAAGAGAAGAAAUCUAAUAAAGACACUCUGGGGAAGGUGCUGACAAGGGAGUCACAGUGGUUGGAUUUGGGAGACGAGAUUGAUGUAAUAGGUAGGGAAAUUGAGAAAUUAAUUAUAGAUGAGCUAGUAGCAGAGGUAGUAGCCAUGUAGUGUAGAGAUUUGGAACCAAAGGCUAUAUUUGGUCUAGGAAGUUACAUGUACGUAAAUGAAGUGAUGAAAUGAUCAUUUCAUGAGAAUCAUUAGAAGGAUCAAAAUCUUUAUACAAAAACGAAGAAUCAGAUUCUAGAUCAAAUGUAAAUAAGUGGGAAGGAAGUCAAAGGAAGGUGAGAAAGAGGCCUAUAUUAUUAGCUCUCCUUGUUCAUCCAAAAGAAAUAUUAUUCUUCCAAACAACAUAUUGUCCUGUAAAAUUGAUUUCUUUGAUCA